AUGAUAACAUCGUCCAGAUGGCUGUUCGCGCUCACUCGUCCCGCGAAAUGUCUUCUGCGCCCAAAUCUUGCGCAUCGGUCGUUGGCGACCGUCGUCAGCCCCUCACCACCAGUGGUUCGUGAUGAAGGGAUUCAACUUCGAGAAUACCAAGAAGAAUGCAUUCAGUCGGUGUUAUCAUACUUGAGGAAGGGCCACAAGCGUUUGGGCAUCUCGUUGGCUACUGGAAGUGGGAAGACGGUGAUAUUCACACAACUGAUCAAUCGAGUCGAGCCGUCAAGUCGGAUUGCUCAACAGACCCUCAUCCUUGCUCACCGGCGAGAGCUGGUAGAGCAGGCAGCUCGUCACUGUGAGAGAGCAUACCCUGGAAAGAGUAUAGACAUUGAGAUGGGCGACAUUCAUGCUUCAGGUGCAGCCGACAUCACGGUGGCAUCUGUCCGCAGCAUGGUCUCCGGCGAGCGGCUGAGCAAAUACGAUCCCGAAAAGUUCAAGCUGGUCCUCGUCGACGAAGCUCAUCACAUCGUGGCUCCUGGGUAUCUGCAAGUCCUGCAACACUUUGGCCUGGAAAAGCAAAGAAGUCCAAGCCCUGCACUGGUGGGUGUAUCUGCCACAUUCUCUCGCUUUGAUGGCCUCAAGUUGGGCGCGGCGAUUGACCACAUUGUCUAUCAUAAAGAUUACAUCGACAUGAUUGGUGAAAAGUGGCUGUCGGAUGUCAUAUUCACAACGGUCAGGUCCAAGGCAGAUAUAUCGAGAGUCCGGAGCGGCACAGAUGGAGAUUUCCGGGCACGCCAACUCUCCGCGGCUGUGAACACUGAGGUCACCAAUGAAAUCACCGUCAAGGCGUGGAUGGAAGAAGCCCGAGAUCGGAAAUCUACCUUGGUAUUCUGUGUCGACUUGAACCAUGUGGCGAGCUUGACUUCCACGUUCAGGAAAUACGGCAUCAACGCGCAAUAUAUCACCGGCAAUACGAAGAGACAGGUACGGGGCGAGCGACUGGAAGCAUUCAAGAAUCGUGAAUUCCCUGUCUUGCUGAAUUGUGGUGUCUUUACUGAGGGCACGGAUGUGCCCAACAUUGAUUGCGUGCUACUUGCCCGACCGACCAAAUCCCGCAAUCUGCUUGUGCAGAUGAUUGGACGGGGUAUGCGACUGCAUCCGGGCAAGAACGACUGCCAUGUCAUUGAUAUGGUCGCCUCUCUCGAGACUGGCAUUGUGACCGUACCGACCCUGUUCGGCCUCGACCCUUCCGAAAUGGUUAAGUCGGCAAAAGUGGACGACUUGAAAGGGUUGAGAGAUAGCCGAACGGUGAAAGAAACUUCUACGGGGAUAUCAGGUUGUCUCGUCGGCUCCAAUGGCAUAUCUGGCGACCACCAUCUCGACUUCACCCGCUACGACUCUGUGCACGACCUCAUCGAAGACACCUCAGGCGAACGACACCUGCGCGCCACAUCCCCCAAUGCUUGGGUCCAAAUUGAUUCCCAUAAAUAUGUCCUCGCAGCCAAAGGCGGGAUACUCACUCUCGAACGUCGCUUGCCUGCCGACAUUUCCCAGUCCGAGUCCAACUCGGAUUCUGGAGCCGACGAUGCCUCGUUCGUGGUUGUGUGGAAACACUCUCUCCCCCCAACCGAAACUUCCAAAUCGCCCUGGUCUCGUCCUCGUACUGUGGCUACUGCUGCAACACUAAGCGACGCCCUCCACGCCGCCGACACGUUCGCUGCCCAGAAAUUCGAACGCAUAUUCAUCGCCACGUCGUCUUCCUGGCGUAAAUUGCCCGCCUCACAGGGCCAACUUGACUUCCUCAAUCGUUUACGGGAGGUUUCUGAUGAAGAGCCUUUGACGGAGCGGGACCUCACGAAGGGCCAAGCCGGCGAUAUGAUUACCAAAGUGAAAUUCGGGGCACGGGGACGAUUCGACAAGUUGAUGAGAGAGAAAAGGGGCGUGGAGAAGGGCUUGGAGAGAGAAAGGCGAGUCAAGGAGAUGAGGCAGCGGGAGGUCGUGAGGGUUGGGCCUGUCGAGACUUAA